GGUCAGAAGUCAUAUGAUUGAUCCACUAUGGCUGCAAUAAGGAUGAGUUUUGAAAUUGUUUUGUGCUGUUUUGUCGCUUUAUGUGGUUGUUCAUAUGGAGCAGAAUUCGUCCCUGUGUUUAUGUGGGAAUCUAGCAAACCAACAUAUUUACAAAUCACGUCUCCUGCAUUAAAGAAGUACAGUACUGACGACUUCGCAGAUUUUUUCGUAAAUAAGUUGUCAUCAUUUGGUAAAAAACCACUUGUAUUAGUAUUCACAGAAGAAAAUUUGAGUGUUGAAGAUUUUAGUUGGCAGGAUGUGGCGGAGAACUCAGCUUUUCCACAUUUAGAAGGUGUAACUGCUACAGCAGCCAAUGUAGAUUUUAUUCCGUCAGUGGAGAGCCCUUUGAGGGCCUUACGGAGGUUGGAGAAACUGGGAUACCAGUGGGAGACGGUUAGACACCCGGACAAAAUGAAAUUCCCGGAGCAUAUCGGCGUUGUGAUGGUGCUGAAAUUGGAGGACGCAAGGGGAGAUGAAGAUAGGCCAGACUAUUUGAGACGCCACGAUAGUGUGAUCAGCAGUGUGUACUCUAGAGCAGUUAGUCAGGUUGGUAAUGUCGUGGCGGUGUACACGGGGCGCCACAGCUCCUGGAUCGAGCCGGAGAACGAGCCAGUUGUACACCGAGUGCGCCGGCUACUGGUGAAUCCUGCCCCUAACGCCACCCAUAUGCUGCUUAAAACUGACAACAUCCUGAUCUACGCCAGUGACAAGCCACUGCUGAAUGAGGCAGGUGAUAAGAAAGUCCUGAUGCUGCUACCAGACACUAUCACAAAUAAGACGACUGCCACAUACCAGAGCCUGACUGCCAAGUUCAGUACGAGCACCACCAACUACAUCCGCCUUCAGUUUUUCUUCUACAAUUCAACCAGUUCCCCAGGCUACUGGUCACUAGAGAACAUCACGUACAUGCACGGUGCAGGCAACACUACUGUGACGGUGCUCAGACCAGAGUCUAGCAUUGUCGCACCAGUCAUGUUCUCCUAUCACUGUUCAUCUAACACUGUGUUCAAAGCCGUAAACUCCAGCCUGACUUUCGAGAACUUUCAGGUACAGCCAUACAUGGAGAAACCCACAACAUUUGGUGAUGCAUACAACUGUGAGCUGUUCUUCACACCGCCUAUCUGGUCUGGGCUCUUUGUAACAUCCAUCCUUGCUCUUAUCAUGAUCUGGGGCCUCAUCAUGAUCAUGGAUAUCCGAACCAUGGACCAGUUCGAUGAUCCCAAGGGCAAAACUAUCACAAUCAGUGUGUCUGAGUAGAGUGCCGCAUGUUGUUCAGUUGGCAGGACUGUUUUGUUUUUAGUGGCAAGAUAUAUCGGUUGAAGAUUCUUACGUUAUCCUUAGAAAGUGUUUCAUGCACAGGAAGGCCUGUCGGUGGAUGCUGAAUCUGAAAUAAUUAACACUUGGUGGUAAUGUGGCUGAAUCAUUCUAUGAAAUUGCUUUAGAUUACCAGUACAUAGAACUGAAUCUGAAAUUAUCUUCAUUCUGAAUGUGAAGUGAGAUUCAUUGAGAGGGACAUAGUCCUGCAUAUCUGUCAGGUCAUUCUUGUCGGACCAAUUAGCACGGUUGAAAGGACAGCAGUUUGCCAACUGAACAAUAUUUCAGUAGCAGUGGUAGUUUUUUUCUUAACUCCAAAUAUAUUGCUCGAAGUUUGAUUGUGCAGAUUUGCCAGUCAGGCAGUGAACAGAUCAAAGUGACCAGCAGUGUAGCAAAGUCACAGAAAUUAAAUAUAGUUUACUUUGAUUCUUAUGCAGCAAAUAAAAUUAUGGCAGUCCAGUGAUAAUGGGAGCUGUUUGAUGCUCUGCAGUUUAUGAGGAGUUGGCAAAUGUGAAAAGAGAAAUUAGUUUCCAGAGGACUGACACACUGGUCUUCUUGUGAUAAUAUAAUUUUUAAGUUGUUGAGAAGCCAUAAAUAGUUAGCUUAAAUUAUUGCCAGAUGGCAACAGAUGUUUACAUUGAUAUUUCCAAAUUCUCAGUCUGUCCAGUAAUAAGAGGCAUUUUCUUUUGGGCAUGCUUUGUGUCGCUGCUGCACUGCUGCUGUGUCAAUGUGAAGCCAGGCCAUUGUGAUACUUUCCAAUGCUAUUCCUAUUGUCAAUUCUAUUUGUGCUGUGACUCUACAGAACAGACUUGUUUUCUCAGUACUGGAUUGUGACUGAGGCAAGACCUUCUACCUUUCAAUUGACGUCUGUGCAAGGAAUACCGGUGUCUUGGACCAGAAGUUCAAGAACUUUUAUGUCCCAAGGUUCUACCUUAAACUAACUCAGAAUGGCUCAGAUUAAUAGAGUUUUUAACAAAAUUUUAAAAUGUCUUUCUUAAUGUUAAUAGUGCAUAAUUAUCAGUACUUUGCACUCGAGUACCAUUUGAGAACAAAUAAAUUUAGCAGCAUAAAACAGUAAGUUAUUGCUCUUAUUAGUUGAAAGUUUAUGUUUUAUUUUUCUUGCAAGACAAAAUAUGAUAACAUUACUUACUUUGUUUGUAAUGGUUGGUAGUAGUACUUUGCAGAAUAUUAAACAUAGAUGUAAGGGAAUGAAUCUGAGCCAUUCUUUAAACAGAACAUUUCUUCUAGGGUGCUUUACCUGCAGUAUUAUAUACAGUUCUUGAAGGUUUGAUCCAAGAUGUAGAGUGGAGCACAGGAUUGCCCUGUGACGUGUCUACAGGGCACAUAUCUCGUGUGCAGUCACAGUGCGAUGUCCGGAGGACACAUUCUUAAUAAUAAUUAAGUUUUAGCAUCUUGGUGUACAUAUCUCAUGUAUAAUAGAAUUGAAGAGACGGUAGGUUAUGCAGUGACUAGCGUUUUGAUUUGUAGAGUGGCGGAUGUGAAUAGUUAACUUCUGUUCCUGGUUGCUGCAUAAUGCAACCUGUGACACAGCUGAUCAGCCCAGACUCAAAUUGUGACCAACAGAAAUUCCUGGUACUGAAGGCAAAGCAACUUGCAAAUAGUUUACACUGUGAUGCGUGCUCCUCCUCUGUUUCUUUGAAAAUCUUGCACUCAGCUAGUGGCUAAUCCUACAUGGUCUUACAUAAAAUUACUUCGUGGAAAAUCGUGCAUUGAAGGGGCUGCCAUGUUUUAGGAGAAUAAAGAAAUCUGCUGUCAUUACUGGAUAUUAACUUUGCACUAGACUGCAGUGGUAAUGUGCUGAGCAACUCAGCCUCUGGAACACCAAAUUUAUGGUGAAGAGUGGUUUCAAUGUUGGGUGGGCUGAGAGGCAGUGUUCAUGAUUUCUGUGUAUAUUUUGUGAAUACUGUUCAAAACUGGCAUUGCACUGCCAUCAGGUCAUCUUAGAUCUUACACUCCCUUUUCCAGGUAUAAUCCACUUUGGAAUAUGCUUUCAUUUACUGUUGACGGUCAUAAUCUGUGUUUGUUGUGAGGUCUUUAAUUUGGAACUUGAAGAUGUGAUGUGAAGGAAUUGCCAACCAUUUAUGCAAAGCUGUUUUCACAAGUGAGGUUGAUGGUAUGGCAACGCAUCACUGUUAUUUAAAUGUGAUUUCGUUUCAUUCUGCUGCUUACUGUCCAGCCACAGGGCACAUCAGUUUGCCCCUGCAGAGGCUAAAGUUGUGUUGGGACAGACUGUGUCUCCCAUGUAAGAGCAAGAAGUCACUCAUUUUGUUUGAAAUUGUUUGUUUCUGCCGUACGUUACGUAAACCAGAUGUCGUAUUUUGACCUGAUCUUUUCUAAAAGCAAUAUUAGUACAGUAUAUGACAUUUUGAGUAGUACAGAGUAAUGUGAGUUUGAUUAGAGGUUGUGGGCUUGACUCUCAGGAAGAGUCAUUACAACUUUCUUAGGGGGGUACAUGAAAUGUAUAUUGAUGAUGGCAGUGUUCAAGCAAGUUCUUGUCAUUGUUCGAUUAGUCUCACAGAAAAUUUGUGUAAAUAUACUCCAAUUUUGUUAGCAUUUCUUGACAUGUGAGAUUUGCAGUCCCUGCUACAAACUUUUGUAUUGAAUUGUACUGCACAAAGAUAUAUAAUGAUGUGGCAUUUAGCGUAGUUGCCAUUACAUCACGGCAUGAGGUGAAGUGACCUGACAGUCAGUGGAACCUCAGACAGUGAUGUGAGGUGAGGUGGUGGUGGUGGUCAGUCUUAACAUAUCUGUAUGCAUAUCAUUUUGAAUCUCGAUAUUUCUGAUCUUUAAUAUAUAUUUUAAAUUAAA